CACCAGUCCAAAUAAGAGGAAGUAGUUGUUACUACUGACAACAUAUACACUUCCUGGAGCUAAAGUUCAUUGAUUUUGAUGGAUUAAAAUGGUUGUUCAUGUGUAAUCAAUUUGACUGCGUUUGGUUAGUGAAGAACAUUAACUGUGGGAGCACCUACGAAGGACUUUGUUUCCUUUGUAGGCUGCAGGCAGGGCGUGUAAUCAGGGUCUAUGGCCUUGUCAAUAGAUGAGUUCAACACUCGCCCAACAAGUCACGAAUCUAGGAUGCCAAAGAAAAGUGGAAAAAAGGGUAAAAAGUCAGGAAAGAAGUCCGGCAAGAAGGGAGGAAAGAAGGGAAAGAAGUCAGCAAAGGGAUCAGCAAAGGCGGUAAAAGGAGAGAAGACUGAAGUAGACAUUCUAAGUCAAGCUGCCAUGGAAAAUUUGUAUUAUAUUGCACAUGACGCUCCACAGGCUCUCGAUAUGAGAGGGUUCGGCUGGGAAGGAGACGGAGGUGGUGGUAAAAAAGGGAAAAAAGGAAAAAAAGGGAAAAAGAAAAAGAAAUGAUGAUACUUCAAGUGUUUAGGAAUGACAAAAUUGAAGUCUAAAUGUUUCUAGUGCCUUCAUUUUUAGCCAAAAGCGCCUCAUGGUUUGGGACGUGUGUUGUGUGAUAGGUGUGAAAGUUUCAUAAUGUUCGGGAAAAUUCUGAUAACGAGAAAAUUAUGCUGCCAGUCUACAUCAUUGUAUCGUGAUAUAGGAUCCUGUUUGUAUGAUUUAAAGUACAUAAAAUGAUGCACAGCCUUCAUUAAGCUUGUCAGAAAACUUGAUUGAUUAAUUAAUAGCCUAUAUUGCUUAUCGCAAAGAUUAACAUGUCCUUGAACUGAGAAAAUUAAGGGCUAAGUAAAGAAAAUUCAUGGUACUGUUUAAGUUUAGUUAAAUUCUGAAAAAGUUCAAAGACUUACGAAAUGUUCAUGCCUUUCUUUUAACUUCUGUUAAAUUAAUGACCCAUUUUUAAUUAUACAAGAGUCAUUCUCCAGAUUUUUUUUAGACUAGUAAGGAAAAACAUGUUACAUGUUUUGUGGUAAUCUUUUCCUCUCUGCUUAAGUGAAAAUCCAAUCAAAAUAAUAGAAUUUGUUAUACAAGAACUAAAACUAUAUUAUUGUAGUAAUAAACCCAUUAAAAAUGUACCCAUUGCAAAGUCUAAAAUGAAGUAAUAAAUGAACAUAUUACAGUAAGAGUUUUAUUGUUUUUGUUUGGGUAAUUAAAAAAUGAAGUGCCUACAGCAGUAAUAAAUAUAUGAAAUGGUACUAAAUUGAAUUUUGUUUACCAUAUCAAAUUAAGUCCCUUUUUGAACAAUGACAAUGUUUCUGUACAUAAAGGAAAACAUGUAUAUAACAGAACAUAAACAGCUUAAUUAUGUCAACCUUCAACCAGGUAUGACUCUUUAUACGGGGUAACUGAAAUGUGAAUCAGCUAAUCAAGGCAUACCUGUUUAUGCCAAAAAUGAGUUUUAACCAUCAUUUUCAUUUCAUGUGCUUUACAAGUGUAGAGACUGCUCGGAAAAGAAAAGAACUAGAGUCUAGAUAUAUUAUAUUUUCAGGAAUUUGAAAUCUACUUUGCUAAUAACAGUUUUUCACAUCAUUCACACCCAGUUUACUGUGAUAUAUUUGCCAAAAUAUAUUAUAUAGCAUUAAAAUUAUUGUAUACAUUGUAAUAUUUUUCGUACCAAAGAUAUACACAGUUAUGCUGUCAUGAAUUCUAUGCAAGAACAGGGUGUUACUUUGUAUUUUGAUUACUGCUUGUCCCAGUAAAAUGUUAAUUCAUUGGGUUAUUGUAAAUCUGUAUACCAUUUCUUAAAAACAUGGAUCCUUCUUGAUAUAGAACUGAAAUCCGUUUGAUUGUAAAGAGUUUAAUUUUUCUCACACUUCUGACAACAUUCAGAGUGAUGAAAAUGUAAUUUUCAUGAUUUCCUAAAAAGUGCUUUACGUAUGAUGUAUUUUUUGUACAUUUGUAUUUGAACUUACUUUGUUAAUUGUUCAAUGCCACUAAUUUGCCAUUUUUUUGUGAUCAUUUUUCUGUAACUAUGUCAUAACAAGAUUUUUGUUGUUGUCUAAUGUAACAUUAAGCAAGUCGUUGGCGACACAUUUAUACUAAACAAUUAUCAUUUCAACACCAUCUUUUAAUGAAGAAAAUGUGUGUAUGUGACACCCACUACAGCAAAAAAAGUUUGUGUCUCGUGUAGUCUCAUGUCCAUAUAAGCCCCUGCUGUGUUAAAAACCAACGUUAGGGCUUUGUGACCAGUACGGAUCCAGAUCAGCCUGCACAUCUGCAUACACUGAUCUGGAUCCAUACUGCUCCCAAAUCAGUUGCUAAAAUUGAUUUAAAUAACAGUAUGGAUAUGAGGAUAACCGGACAGUUUAGAUGUACACUGAUCUGGAUCCUUGCUGGUUGAUUCUGUGCCCUAUCAUUGGUUUUCACACAGCAGCACUCAUAUUGUUUGUUGCUGAUAUUUGUCAAACUUAACACUGACAAAAUACUUGUCAUGAUACACAAUUGACUUGAUGUUGUAAAUUUAAUGCUUAGUAUCAGUUCUUAUCCAAUCUUUAAAUGGAAACAUUCAUCUUUUUUGGCCGCAGUGACUUAAUGCAGUAUAUGAUUUUUAUGGACUUUUUGUUUUAAUUUUACAUGUACUGUUUUGUUGCACAAACAAAUGAUGAAACAUACUGCCUACUCUUAUUUGAAUUGUUUCUACAAAAAACCUGAAAACCUGAAUGUAAUAUGAAACAGCUGCUCGACUGUUUGAGACCCUUCUUCAUAAUGCUAGCUUAUAUCAAAGAGCAUUCACCAAAAUUUUCUGAGUUGAAAAAGGGGCAUUAUUUUGUAAAAUGUGGGUCAGAGUAAUGGAACCUGCCUUAAAAACAGUCAUUGCAUGAUACAGAAGACAUGUGAAGAGUUUGAAAGCAUUCUUUAGUCCCUUAAUUCAAAGAUACAUGUACCUGCCAAAAUGAAAUAUCUAACUUUUAAAAGGGGCAUAAUUUUAGCAAAAUGUAAGUUAGAAUUAUGUAACUUGUCCUUUAAGAUCAAUUGAUGCUGGAGGCAUGUUUUGUGUUUAAAAAAAUUGUAUUGGUGGACUAAAACCGUAGUAGUUAAAAAUAUUGUGAUUAUACAAAACAUUACUGGUAUCAGCAUUAGUUUUAUUCUAAAAGGUAAAUAUCAAUUUUUCCAGUAAUUAUAUAAAAUGACAUUGCCUUAAAGUGAGUUUGCUGUAAUGAAUGUGCAGGAUUUUUAAAUGUAUUAGUGCCAAAUAUUUAUUUUCAGAUUUGAAGUUGUACAAUAUUACUGGUUUAUACAUGCAGUAUUUUAGUGACCACACGUUUAUUUUGCACAGUAGAACUAUCUAUAACAUAUAUACUUAAACAUAUUUUUGUACAAUACACAUAGUAACUUGUUCCGAUUAUGUAUACUGCUUAAACAGGUAAUAUACAUGUAUUAUAACCAUUGUAAACUUUAAGGAAACUUUCUGUCUCAUGCAUUAGGCACACUGUGAUCUCAUAAUCUUUCCAGUUUUUCAAAUCACUUUUUUGAUCAGCAUUCUGGUGAUGUUUUUGACCUAUGAGUUCUUAAUAAUUUCUUUACAAAACAACAGAAGAAAACUUAUUUUUUUGACUAAAAGUAACAACGGCGCCACUAAGUUUCUUUUAAAUGUAGAAAAACUUAAUUUUGCUCCUUUUUGUAGUUAUUCAUUUUAGUUGUCUAGAUUUUUUUAUUUAAUGUAAGGUAUACAUUUUUCAACAUCUGUAUGCCAUCUUCUGAGGCCAUAUUCUUAUAAGCUUACUUUUAUUUCACCAAAUACUUAGAUUGUAGUUUACUGAGACCUAAUACUUAUUCAUUGUUUCUGAAAAUUGUUGUUCCAUUAAGGUACACUAUCUAUAAGUGAUGCAGUGGGCAUCAAUAAUUUAAAGGCUUUCAAAGCCUUUUUCUGUAAUAUGCUGCACAAUAUUAAAUAUGCACAUUACACCACAAAGCUUUACUGUGAUAAGGUAGAAGACCUGAAAUGGCAUUCGACAAUUUCUGUGCCAUUUUGUAUUUCCAUAUUCUAUUUUAAGGCAUUCUGUGGCCAUUUUGUUGUCUCAUACUGGAACCUGGCUUUCAGUACCGUUUAAAACAGCCAAAGUAACGUAAAUUACAGAUUGUCCUAACAAGUCAACUAUUCAUUAAUAAUAUGUUAUUUAAUAUUUCAGCAGUGGAUAAGAAAAUUAAAUAUAUUUAAUUUCUAAAAAAACCUCUGUGAAUGCAUUCAAUACAUUGAAAGAAAUAUUUUUCUGAUUGUGCAAGUAUGAAUAUAUCUUUAAAUACUCACAGAAAAAAAUUGUGGUUCUUGACCUUUCCCAGAAUUACUUGCUUAACCUUAGAAAAGACUCUUAUAAUCAUGAAUAUGCCAACAGUUCUAUAAAGUAAAAAUUGAUAGUUGGCACAGUAAGAGAUUUUCUUGCUUUUAUUUAUGGGAACAUGGAAAAAAUAAUAAAAUUUUGGUAAUUCAUAGGAACUAUUUUUCUUAUACUUCAUAUGAUUUCAGUGAUGUCAUCCAUAUUUUAUCCAACCAGUGACAAGUAUAUUUUGAUAUCUUUCACUGUGAAAUGAACACAAAUGUUUUGCAGUUAGUUUUAAUUGAUUCACUGAAAAAAGAUGUAAAAAAGGCUGAAUUAUUGUCAUAUAAUGUUCUCAUUGUCAGAUUGUCUGGUUAUCUUACAUGACUAAUUCAUUGUUAUAUUACUACAACAUACAGCAUUAUGUUAAACUUAACAAAUUAACUAUUUUUGAAGUUUAUGCUACUACUAAAUGACUUUUUUUAGGUGAAAUAUUAUUUUUCUUUACAUGUCAUUCUGUGUUAAAACAUGGGUUUUUGUUUAAUGUUUAUAACUGUUAAUGUAUUUUUCUUGUUAUUUAGGUUUUUUAGGGAAAUAUAAUUAGGGUUUUUUAAAAGAG